AGAAAACAUCCUUUAUCCAAAAGCCUGGAGCAGCAGAGAGACAGUUUUUACAAUGAGGAGAAAUUAUCUGCUAGGUGUUCAAACUUUUGAUUUGCCAGAUAUUAAUGAGGAGGAAAACUGAUUAAUGCAGUUUUGGUAGUUCAUUGAAUCUUUUUUCAUUCUGCACUGUUGGGAGAUUUGAGGAAGAUUUCAAGGAAUGGAGUUAGCUCACAGCUUACUGCUUAAUGAAGAAGCAUAUAACCAGCUUGGUGAAUUUCAAAAAGCAGAGUUCAUUUUUGAAUGGUUACAGUUUUUGGAAAAACUUUUACCAGUGACUAGCAGAGCUGAUAUAAGGGAAAAUCAGAAGAAACUGGUUGAACAAUUGACUUCUUUAUUAAACAAUUCACCAGGACCUCCUACCAGACGGCUUCUUGCUAAGAAUUUAGCUGUACUUUAUAGCACUGGAGACACUUUUUCUGUUUACCAAACAAUUGACAAAUGCAAUGAACUCAUUCGGAGUAAAGAUGACUCACCAAGUUAUCUGCCUACAAAACUUGCUGCGGUGGUAUGCUUGGGCUAUUUAUACAAAAAAUUGGGAAGAAUUUUGGGAAACAGUUUUACUGACACCGUUGGGAAUGUGCUUAAAGCAAUGAAGAAUGCAGAGUCUCAAGGUCGUUAUGAAAUCAUGCUUAGUUUGCAAAAUAUAUUAAAUGGUUUAGGAGCUGCUGCUAUCCCCUGUCAUAGAGAUAUUUACAAAGCUGCCCGAUCGUGUUUGACAGAUCGAUCCAUGGCUGUCCGCUGUGCUGCUGCAAAGUGUCUUCUUGAACUUCAGAAUGAAGCAGUAUUUAUGUGGAGUACAGACCUGGAUAGUGUUGUUACCUUAUGUUUUAAAUCCUUUGAAGGCUCCAAUUAUGAUGUACGAUUAGCAGUUUCAAAACUUUUAGGCACAACAUUGGCUAGAGCUCUAACAUCUAAGCAGAUAACAGCAUCCACCAAGCAUAACUUCCGCAGAGUCUCUUUGGAAGAUGUGAUGGAGCUAUUGGGAACUGGAUUUCUGCGUGGAAGUAGUGGAUUUCUACGAGCCAGUGGUGAUAUGUUGAAAGGGACCAGUUCAGUCAGCAGAGAUGUUAGAGUUGGAGUCACCCAGGCAUAUGUGGUAUUUGUCUCUACAUUAGGAGCACAAUGGCUUGAAAGGAACUUCUCUGCCUUCCUAUCCCAUAUUCUAGAUCUCGUGUCUCAGUCUCACCCUAAGGCUGUUCAGAGCCCGAUGGAGGCUGUCGGCUGUCGCCGCUGUGUUUCAUUCAUCCUGCGAGCUACAGUAGGAGGCCUGCUUGGGGAAAAGGCUCAGAUUGCAGCUGCCAAGGAGAUUUGUCAGGCCAUCUGGAAACUGAAGAAAGUUGUAGAUGCUGCAAUGGGUGAUGGUAACUUGGAAACAAAAAUUAAUACAGCAGAUGCAACAGCAAGUCAGCAUGUGCUUGUGUGUGCACUUCAGGAGCUUGGAAGUCUCAUUCAUGGCUUAGGAACUACAGCAGCACCACUACUGCAAGACUCCUGUACAGGUGUUCUGGAAGUAGUAAUUUCUGUCAUUCUUCAUCCCAGCAUUUCAGUUAGACUGACAGCAGCCUGGUGUUUGCGCUGUAUUGCACUAGCACUGCCCUCUUACGUGUCCCUGCUUUUGGAUCGUUGUGUUGAACGUCUCAGUGCAUUGAAAUCCUGCCCAGAAGCAGUAACUGGCUAUAGUUUUGCUGUUGCUGCUUUGCUGGGUGCAGUAAAGCAUUGUCCUUUAGGAAUUCCACAUGGAAAAGGAAAGGUGAUCAUGACAGUAGCAGAGGAUUUGUUGUGUUCUGCUUCUCAGAACAGUCGCAUUUCACUGCAGCGAAUGCAGGCUGGAUGGCUCUUGAUAGCUGCUCUCAUGACAUUAGGUCCUGCAGCUGUCCAACAUCAUCUGCCACGAGUGCUGUUACUGUGGAAGUGCAUAUUUCCAUCCUCCCCUAAAGACCUAGAAACAGAGAAGACACGGGGAGAUGCGUUUACCUGGCAAACACGAGGAGAUGCGUUUACCUGGCAAGUAACACUGGAAGGUCGUGCUGGUGCCCUCUGCGCUAUUAAAAGCUUUGUUUCCCACUGUGCUGGUCUUCUUACGGAUGAAGUUGUUCAGAGACUUCUACCUCCUCUCCCAAGCGCUGUUGAUUUAUUGACACAGCUUUCUUCAAUAUACAAAUCAUAUGGAAUUUCCUUAAAAACACCAUCAACGGUUUACAGACAGAAACUUUAUGAAUUACUAGCAGUAUUGCCCCCAAAGGCCUACGAAGGAAACAUCAGUGCUGUUCUAAAGGAGUUAGUGACUGACUUGACUGUCACAGAUAGCCAGAUUGAUGCCUCAGCAUUCUUGCUUCCAUCCCUUUGUCAUGAGGAUGAUCUCCUUUUACUUGGUCCCUUACUGCAGGAGACUGACCACCGAUUUAUUGAAGAGCAGCUCCUUUUAGGUAACAGCAUAGUUGGUGGCAGCUUGGAAUAUGACCCUUACUCAAUUUAUGAGAAAUUUGCAAAAGGGGAUUCAGUACCUAAACCACUACCUCCUGCAUUAUCUGUUAUCAAUGCAGCAACUCGACUUUUUGGAGUUAUGUUUUGCCACAUAACAGAAUCUCACAGGCUCCAGGUAUUAGAACAGUUGUUGAAUUCCAUAAAGCAAACAAAAGGAUCUCGACAACAAAUAGUGCAACUACAUGUUGUGUCAGCCUUUUCUACUUCCUUAAAGCACUUGGCUAACUGCAAGGGAAGUUUAGGUUCAGAAGAAGUUAGAAGAUCUGCCCUGAUGUUGGUAAUGGGUGCCUUGGAAAGCAAUAAUCCACUUCUAAGAUGUGCUGCUGCAGAGUGUUUGGCCAGGUUGGCCCAGGUGGUUUCCGACAGUGCCUUCACCGCUGGAUUAGCGCAAGUCAGUUUUGACAAGCUAAAAUCUGCUAGGGAUGUGGUAUCAAGAACAGGUCAUUCUUUGGCUCUGGGAUGUCUGUAUAGGUACCUAGGAGGAAUAGGUUCUACUCAGCACCUGAAUGCAUGUGUUGGAAUCCUUUAUACUUUGUCUCAGGACAGUACUUCUCCUGAUGUACAGGCAUGGGCACUACAUUCUCUGUCCCUAGUAGUAGAUCUGGCUGGGCCCUUGUAUCACGUGCAUGUGGAACCUACCUUAUCUCUUGUUCUCAUGUUGCUGUUGAGUGUGCCUCCGACUUAUGCCGAAGUUCAUCAAAGCCUUGGUCGCUGUUUAAACACACUUAUUACCUCUCUGGGCCCUGAGCUGCAAGGCAGCAGUACAGCAGUGUCAGCCUUAAGAACUUCCUGCCUUUUGGGCUGUGCAGUGAUGCAGGAUAAUCCUGACUGCCUUGUUCAAGCUCAAGCCAUCUCUUGCCUUCAGCAGCUUCACAUGUUUGCUCCUCGACACGUCAACUUGUCUAACCUUGUAAGCUGCCUCUGUAUGAAUCUCUGUAGCUCAUACUUAUUACUGAGGCGUGCAGUGGUAGCUUGCUUACGUCAGCUUGUGCAAAGAGAAGCUGCUGAAGUAUCAGAAUAUGCUGUUACACUAGUGAAAGAGAGCAAAGAAGAUUUUACUCCAGAUGUGAACAUCAGAGAAAUAGGCCUGGAGGGGGCAUUGCUGGGCUUGCUGGACAAAGAAUUGGAUCCAAGAUUGUGCCAAGAUAUCAAAGAGACACUGACUCACAUGCUUACUUCAAUGGCAGUUGAGAAGCUCUCCUUUUGGCUAAAGCUUUGUAAAGAUGUUCUUGCUGCCUCUGCUGAUUUCAAUACAGUAGCAUCAAUAGAUACCACUCAAGAAGAGGAAACUACCAAAGAGGAUGAUGUAUCUGUAUUAACAUCUGACAGUGAUGACAGGUUCCAUCCUUUCCGAAAUCCACGAUGGUCCACCAGAGUUUUUGCUGCAGAGUGUGUUUGUAAAAUUAUAAGCCAGUGUGAAAAUGCAGGCAGUGCACAUUUUGACAUAACUUUGGCUCAGGAAAGAAAACAACGUGAUUCAAGAGAUGACUUUUUGGUAUUGCAUUUAGCUGACUUGGUCCGAAUGGCUUUCAUGGCUGCCACAGAUCACAGUGAUCAACUUCGUCUUUCUGGGCUUCAAAUGUUGCAAAUUAUUGUUCGGAAGUUUGCAGCUGUUCCAGAGCCAGAGUUUCCAGGUCAUGUAAUCCUGGAGCAAUAUCAAGCCAAUGUUGGAGCAGCACUUAGGCCUGCCUUUGCUCCUGAAACUCCUCCUGAUGUCACAGCAAAAGCAUGUCAGGUAUGCAGUGCCUGGAUAGCAAGUGGUGUAGUAAGUGAUCUUAAUGACCUUCGAAGAGUUCACCAGUUGCUCGUGUCCUCUUUGCUCAAAGUGCAGGCUGGAAAAGAAGCACAAAAUCAACAAUAUAAUGAAAGCACCUCAACUAUGGAAGUACUUGCUGUCCUUAAGGCUUGGGCAGAGGUUUACAUAGUUGCAGUUGAAAAGCAGAAAAAUCAAGGUGAUACACACAAGCACUGUUUAAAAAUUGCUAACUCCUCCGAAGAAAGCUACAGAGAUGUAACAUUUUCGGCCAGUGGUCUUCUGGACUUGGUACAGGCAGAUCUUGGAACACUGAGCAAGCUCUGGCUUGCUGCACUUCAGGAUUUUGCUCUCUUAACUUUGCCUCCAGAGUAUGCAUCACAACUACCUGCUGAAGGUGGUACAUUUUACACAGCAGAGACAAUUGAAAAUGCCAGACCUCAUUACUACAACUCCUGGGCCCUGAUACUUUAUGCUACAGCUUUGUGGCUCACUACCACAGGCUUCAUUGCUGUUGAUCCAGAUGAAGGAGUUACAAAUCUCUCCAGACCUGUUACCCCAACUACCAUGUGUCAAGAUUCUUCUACUAGGCCCUUGGUGAAGUCUCCUGAGGAUGUGAAUACUGACAGAUUUCAUCUUAUCUUGGGAAUUAGUGUGGAGUUCCUGUGCUCUCCUCGAUCAGAUGCAGCAAUGGAGAACAUUAUUGCCUGCUUGCAUGCCCUACAGGCACUCUUUGAUGUUCCAUGGCCAAGAUCUAAAAUAGGUGGUGAUCAGGAGUUGGGUGUAGAGCUGCUGAAUGUUUUGCAUCGACUGAUACUGACCAGAGAGUCACCUGAUAUUCAGCUUGCUGCCCUUGAAGUGGUUCGCUUGAUCCUUUUUGCAGCUCAGGAACAUGUGAAGGAAAAGCGGAGAAGUGCAGAAGUUGAUGAUGGUGCUGCAGAAAAGGAAACAUUGCCAGAAUUUGGAGAAGGCAAAGACACAGGGGGACUGGUGCCUGGGAAAUCAUUAGUCUUUGCAACACUGGAGCUGUGUGUUUGUAUUCUUGUCAGACAGCUUCCCCAGCUCAACCCUAAAUUAACUUGUAGCCCUGCAGUUCCACCUGGAAAACAUCUGUUACUGUCAGAAGAUGGAAGCAGACUGGUAGCAGCAGCAUUAGUUAUUCUCUCUGAUGUUCCUGCAAUCUGCUCUCCUGAAGGAAGUGUUUCAGUUCUUCCUACUAUUUUGUACCUAAUUAUUGGAGUACUUAAAGAAACAGCUGUGAAAUUGCAAGAUGGCCAGUUACCUCUGACAGUUGCUGCAUCUCUGCAAGCUCUGAAAGGACUCUUGUCUUCUCCAAUGGCUCGAGCAGAGAAGAGUCAGAAUGCUUGGACUGAUCUUCUGCGUAGUGCUUUGGUCACAGUGCUUGACUGUUGGGAUCAAGUAGAUGGCCUUCUGCAAGAACUUGAUGAAGUCAGCCUUCUCACUGCUAUUACAGUAUUUGUUAUGUCUACCAGCCCAGAAGUUACUACUGUAGAGUGCCUUCAGAAGCGUUGUAUUGAGAAGUUUAAAACAGCACUUGACUCAAAAGAUCCUCUUGUACAGUGUAAAUGCUACCAGCUGCUGCACUCCAUCUUUCAGCAUCCAAACAAAACUGUGUCAUACCCUUACAUCCAUUCUUUAGCACCAUCCAUUGUGGAGAAACUGCAGGAAACAGAAAAAGCAAAACCUGAAAAUGCUGCUGAACUUCAAGUCAUUCAGGAGGGAAUAAAGGUGGUUACAGCUCUGACAGCUGCUGCUGAGGAACAGCACCGUGCUCAGUUGGUGGCCUGCUUUCUUCCCAUCCUCAUUUCCUUUCUUUUGGAUGAAAAUGCACUGGUUUCUGCUACAAUCUCAGCGAAAAGUCUACAUGAGUUUGCUUUGCAAACUCUGAUGCAGAUUGGUCCACAGUACUCAUCAGUUUUUAAAAAACUAAUGGCCUCCUCUCCAACUAUGAAAGCCAGGCUUGAGUCAGCUGUUAAAGGCAAUCAAGAAAGCAUCAAAGUGAAGACUACUAAACAUGCAAAAAGUCCUGGGAAAAGUUCGAGCAUUCAGCUAAAGACCAAUUUUCUUUAAAGCCCCAUAUUGUCUUUUUUUGUACUUGGAUAUCAACAGCAAAAAAGUCUCUUCUAAUUUCUAAUCACAAAGGAUUGUCGUGAGUUGAUCUCAUGUAUUUCGAUUUGUAAUGAAGUAUUAUAGAAAGUUUUUAAGAGAAAGUAAGUCUCUAGACAACUUUCUCUUAGUGUAAGACUUCUUAAAUAUCUCUAAAAACUAUGAGUAAAUCAGAAGUCAUAAAAUCUAUAUUUUUUUUAUUAUUUUGGACUAAAAUAUCAGAAAUGCAUAUGCCUAUAUUUAAAAAAAUAUCGUGAACUUUACCAUAGAUAUAUUUAGGAGCAUCCCACACAUAGCCAUUAAAUAAAGUUAACUUUUUUUUAAAUCAAUAUUUGUCAAAAAUAAGUUACUGUAAUUGGUUUUUUGAUUUAACAGGGACGUAAAUUUACUUACAGGUUGUAAUCUAUGCUAAUUACUAAUUUAGUACGUUGCAUCAUUCAUUGAACAGAUUAAAUAUCCUUGUAAGCCUUAUAACAGUUUAUUGUUGAUCUCAGAAAAUUCAACUCAAUAAAGGUAAUAUGGAUAGCUUUAAUCCUAACAACAUCUUGAGCUGGCCAAGAUGUAACAAAUGCUGUGAAAUACAGCUCUACAAUGCCUCUCUGGGGACUGUGGUUCUUUCCAGAGUGGGACUGGCUUGCAUAAUACGUGAGGAUAGACAGGCUCAGUGCCUUGCUGCUUGACACAGUCUCACUUUUCAGGAUGUGUACUUUGGUAAGUUUGUGUUAGGGGAGCCAGGCAAUAGAUUACAUAUCCUGUCCAGGACUGGACAGCAAUUUUAAUGUACUGUGCCUCGAUUCAGACCUCUGCUCUAUCUGGAUGGAUGUUCCCUGAUCUUUGAAUGAUCGCCGAUAUGAACAUGUAAUUUAAUUUCUGUAUCUCUGCAGUGAGAGAUGAAAGUAUUUGAAGUCACCUUGUCUUGUGUCUAUAAGUAGAGUGCAACAAACUCAUAAUAAGAAGUAUGUAAUUAACAUUUUUAGCAAGGAACGUAUUUUAAUAUAGAAAAUUAACUAUCAAAACUGCAAUGACUAUAAAGUAUUUUCUAAGUACAAUGUAUUGAGUUCUGUCUUAAUAGCAGUAUUACCUAAACCAAACACUGUCAAACUGAGGAUACUAUUUUCCUUCUUGAAUCUAAUUGCUUUAAAAGGAAGAAGAAAAAAGUAUUUACAAAACUGAGAAACACACUGUGACUCAGGAAGAGUGUGAUGUACUGUAUUUUAUUAGAAGUUUUGUAUAUAAAUAUAAUUGUAAAUUGUACAGAAUUAACAAUUUGACCAAAGUUCUAACAAUUCUUUU